AUGGACCUCGCUCAUGUCACGUCUAUUGACUGCCCGUCUGUUUUUGAUAGUUCUUCUGAUAACUUUUUCACGGCUGACGUUACCAUAAAUAACCCGAGCGAGUUGUUUCAUUCUGCCCAAAUUAUAUUUCGAGGCUAUGUUUGUAAAGGUGACCGCUUACAAUACGAAUUCUUUCAUGAACAGCAAUGGGUUCUCGUGGAAUCUAGAGGUGAACAAUCCCACAGAGCAGUUGUUGACGUAUGGCUACCCCGAUUCCCUCCAUCUAUGAAGUUUCCUGAUGGAAGCGAAAUUAUUUACUGUGUACGUGCUUCUGUUGCCCCAUGGUUUGACAACAACUAUGUCGAGAAGAAGUUUGAAGUCCGAAGGUCGCUCAUUCUAAAAAUGCCACACGAAGCAAGCUAUGCAAUUGAGCACAUGGUUAAUAAAUGUGUGGAGCACGGAAGUAUCCUUCACAAAAAAUGCGAUCCUAUAAAUGGUCAUAUUUCUUUGGAAAAGACUGCGUUUUGUCACGGAGAAGAUAUACAUGUCAGAUGGGAACUGAAAACUGAAAAGUCAGUUAUAGAACAUUUCACCUGCAAGCUAGCACAACUUAUCGAAGUUCGGGAAAGCGACCCUAGCAACUAUUUGGCAACGAGACGUUUCUUCAGCUUUUUGAAGGAACAAAAGUCGACCACAAAUUCUUCUAUCUCCUUGGUGGUCCCUUCAGAAUGUCUUAUUUCUAUUCCAAUGUCCUUAUGGAAUGUUUUAGUAGUAAAACAUCACAUUGUUUUGGAAAUCAAAAUGCAGAAAAGAAAACAGCCAGUUAAACACAAACGUCCGAGAGAGCCAGUUCCCGUUUUCAAAAGAGUCCAAGAUGUUGAUGACGAUUCAGAUGACGAUGACGACUAUGAUUCAGAAGAUGAGGAAGAAGAUCCCCCACGAAGGGAUUAUUCUGUUGACAUAGAGAAGCUCUCCGUCACAAACGUCACGGAGUCAGAACAAAGGCCACUGGAACGAGCAGAUGUGGGUGUCACUUUCAUCAUGAAUAGUGCUCAACCCCAAGAGUUGAGAUCGCUUCGUUUACUACUAACAGGAGAAGUGAGAGUGGGUGGCCUUUGGUAUGAGUUUCUGAGAUUCAAGGCAAUUGCAAACCUCUCUCAUAAAACUUUACUAUCACCCGGAGAACACAACUUCCGAUUUCAACUACCAUUUGCGGAUUCACAAUAUGAUACUUCAAUUCUCCCUCCGACACUUGGAGACGAGAUUCGGUAUAUGAUACAUGCAAGUACUGAAAGUCUCAGGAAGAAUGUUUUCCAACAACGGUGUGAACUUCUUGUUGACCGAUUUAUCGACACGUGGGCUAAGGAGGCAUACAAACCACCUUACACAGAAGAAUAUGGAGCUACCAACAUUCAUCUUUCUCAAAGGUGUUUCAAGCGUGGAAAGCAUGUGAUUGUAGCUUUACAAGGAAGUGAGCCGCGUUAUGUCAAAGGAUCAUUGGUGCAGAAAAAAAGACUUCGAGUACCUAAUGUAAAACUAGAUGAGAGCUACUGUAGUCAGAGAACCGUCCGAGUUGUUGAAGAGGAGAUUCGUCGGAAAAAUCACAUACACGUCAUGCAUAUCCCGUUCAACAUCCCUCCGAGUAUUGAAAUCUGCUACUGGAACGUUCUUCAAAUCGAUUACCACUACGAUGUUGAAAUCACGUUGGAAGGCGGUCACACUCAUAACCAUUCAAUCCCAAUUUGGAUUGGUUGCACUGAAGAUAAUCUUCUCGUGCCUACUCAGCCGGAUGAGCUGUUGCCUGAGAACUCCUUGGUGGUGGAUGAGCCAUAUGAAGAGCUCCCCGACCUUGACUCCGACAAAGGAAAGUUGGAAAUUCUCGAUUGGCAUGCAAACUCCAUUCAACUUGAAACAUUGUGGGGGAGUUGGGUCAAUCGCCUCAAUCUUGACAGUAACUUGGAAAUGAUUCUUCUUUUGAUUGACGAAGCAGUUGUCAUUUGUGGAGUAGUUGAAUCCUUUAUCAGCGAGAACAUGAACUUGAAGACGUCCGAGUUCCUCUCCAGUGACAUCACACAUUGGACACCACUGUUCCUCCAAGUACUUGAAAAAUUUGAUGCUUGGUUGACCACCCUCAUCGAGAAGUUCUCCAGGGAGCUUUCCGGAAAGAGCUGCGUUGAGAAUGUAGCUGGGAUCAAUGUUCUGAUCGAAGCGAGGACGUUUGCGAUUUGGAACAUCAUCUGA